AUGGGGCAGCUUACAGGUCGACUGGCCCUGGGAGCUGUCAGCGCGGCAGCAGAGGACUACAUGGCCAGAGUCGAUCCAUCCAUACACACGUGGACGAGGACCGUUCGCGUGGCCGAAGAGACGUUCCUUCUUCUGGAGAUGCAUCAAGGGCACCUCCGAGCGUUUUGGAAUGGAGAUGCAGAGGUGGACCUGCCAGAAGAGCAGCAAGAGGAGCUACUGAAUGUAUUCCCUGCAGAUGCGCUCACCGUGGAAGCCCGUGUGCCACAAAUCCAUGGUGAGAACUGGGCGGCCAAGCUCCGUCGGCAUGCUGUGGGACACCGCGUGGAUCCAAACUGUGCGGUGAACAGCGAGAAUCACUUGGAGAAAGAGAUCCUGGUUGUUUUCCGCCAGCUGCGCAGUCGUCCUCUUGGUUCCGUGUUGACCUUUGGGGGCCUGUAUGGUGGUGUCCACGGCAGAGGAGCCGAUGUGCCGGAUGAUCCUGCUGUUGAGCUCAUGUUGGAGCUGCAGCGAUUGGGCACCUCGCAAGUACAGGGGCUGUGUGUGUUCUGCGACGGCGAUCAGGUCACAUCUCUUACACGGGCGAGCCAAUUACAGAGCGCAAUGCGCAUAUUGAACCCUGCGGAAGAGCUGCGCUCGGCAUCGCCGGAACUGACCCUUCCGCCAGAGUUUGCAGGUCAAGUUGACCUUCUCCGCCUGGAUGCGCUCCAACAUGCAGUCUCCUGCCAGCUCCUUCGCAACUUGUUGCGUGCCGGCGUGCGGCCUCGGCUGGUGGCUCUUUUGGUGCUCAGCCAGGUGCCGCCGCCUUUCAAGUACUUUCCGCUCAGCGUUCCCGGGCAUGACGCUCCUCCGGCUUUGAUGACGUGCUCGCUAUCUGGAGCAAUAGAGGUGCUACUCAAGUAUGACCUGUUCUUGAUCCGCUUGACUGGCCCAUAUGCGCUGUUCGUGCAACGGAGCGAAUGGCCUGAGGAACUGCCCAUCAACGAGUUCGACUGCUAUCGCAAGGCGUCCGUGUGGGGCUUGGAGGACAUUCCCCUGCCAUUUGUUCGCGAGUGGCUCCGGGAAGAUGUAGAUGAGGUUCUACCACGGCUGUGGAGAAACCUCAGCCAAUUGCACUUCGACGGGGGCCCCUUCACCUUGGCUGUGUGA